AUGCCAGCCCAGCAGCAGCAGCAAUUCCCACCAAAUAUCUCUCAGGUAAUGAACCGUGAGCGUGUCCAAGCCAUGAUACAAAGGCUCAACAUCCUGCGCUCCCAAGGCCAGAAUGAGCGCACGUCGCCCGAGUACGCCCAAUUGGCCCACUUCCUCAGAAUGUUUGGUCAAUUCCAGCAAGCACGCCAGCAGCAGCUUCAACAACAGCAGCAGCAACAGCAGCAGCAGCCAGGAGGUGCUCAUAAAACACCUCAAGCACCUCAAUCACUCACUCCUGUACAAGUCAACGCCUUAAAAGCCCAAAUGGCUACCUUCCAAUACGCUAGUCAAAAUCUUCCAGUGCCAGACCACGUCCAGAGAGAGGCGUUUGAGCCAGCUCAGUAUCCCGUUCCACCUCCACCAGAAGACUCGUUGCGCGACAGGACAAUUGGCGCUGUUUCUGAAGUAAACAAUACAAUCGAAAGCAAGGAUGCCGCUCAAAAACCGCACGAAUACGAAUCGUACAUCAGCCCACUCGUCUAUCUUGAAGCAGGUCCAGAGUCUUCUUCAAGCAGCACAAAGAACCAGCGUAUCAUUGUCCCAUCUGUCAUGCCACUAGGUAUUGAUCCAUACCAACUGAUCGAAGAGCGCAACCGUUUCCAACAAAGACGCAUGUACUGGCGUAUACAAGAGCUGGAGGGAAUGUCGUCGACGACGUCCGACGAACCAGCGAGUGUCACAGGCAACGACGUGCUUGACCAAAAAGCACCUCAGGAAGUAGACGAGAAGCCUCAACCUAACUCGCUUACCAGUCUGAACUCCUCAGAUAAGAUGAAGGCCCUUAUCGAACUGAAGGCACUCAAGCUCGUCGAGAAGCAGCGCGCUCUUCGCCAAGACGUCAUCAGCGCUCAGUCGCACGCUACACUGCUGACGACUGAUCGCACUGCGUUCCGCAGAUUCAAGAAACAGUCACUCAGAGAAGCACGAGCAACUGAGCAGCUCGAGAGGAAGCAGCGUAGCGAGCGCGACAGAAAGAGUCGCCAGAAGCAUCUCGAUUACAUAAUGUCUAUCCACAAUCACGCCAACAACCUUCGUCAGGCUAAUCGAGACGCUGUUGGUAAAUCACAUAAAAUGGGCAGAGCGGUACUCAAGCUGCACGGAGAUGUAGAAAAGGAAGAGCAGAAACGCGUUGAAAGAGUCUCCAAGGAGCGUCUUGCUGCUCUUCGAAACGAUGAUGAAGAAGCUUACUUGAAGUUGAUCGAUACCGCCAAGGACACAAGAAUUACUCAUCUUCUUUCGCAAACAGAUACUUACCUCGACUCGCUUACACAAAGCGUCCUUGCUCAACAGAAUGAAGUCGGUAUGGAGGAUAAUGUAAACUUCGAGGUUGAAGAUGGUCCUGCUACAGAGGCUACAUUCGGUGGUAGACGUCAAGAUGAUGAGACUGAGGAUCAGGGUAAAACUAGUGUGGACUACUACGCCGUCGCACACCGUGUCAGCGAGAAGGUUACAACUCAACCUUCCAUUCUUAUUGGUGGUCAGUUGAAGGAGUAUCAAUUGAAGGGUCUUCAAUGGAUGACUUCGUUGUACAAUAAUCGCCUUAAUGGUAUACUUGCUGACGAGAUGGGUCUUGGUAAAACAAUUCAAACAAUCUCACUAGUUACUUUCCUCAUCGAACGCAAAAGACAAAACGGACCGUACUUGAUCAUUGUACCCCUGUCUACGCUGACCAACUGGGCUAUGGAAUUUGAGAAGUGGGCACCAGCAGUAUCUGUGGCAGUGUACAAGGGUCCUCCUCAGCAGAGGAAGGCAACACAAAAUCGCAUGAGACAAGGUUUCCAAGUCCUUUUGACUACAUUUGAAUAUGUCAUCAAGGAUCGUCCAGUACUCAGUAAAUACAACUGGGUUUUCAUGAUAAUGGACGAAGGUCACCGUCUUAAGAAUACUGAAUCAAAACUCUCACAAACUCUUCAAACGUUCUAUAAGACCCGUUACAGAUUAAUCUUGACUGGUACACCACUUCAGAACAACCUCCCAGAGCUGUGGGCUUUACUUAACUUUGUCUUGCCGAAGAUCUUCAACAGUGUCAAGUCUUUUGAUGAGUGGUUCAAUACUCCAUUCGCCAAUACUGGAACAAACGAGAAAAUGGAUUUGAAUGAAGAAGAAAGUUUGCUUGUCAUCAAACGUCUCCAUAAAGUUUUGCGUCCGUUCCUAUUGCGCCGUCUGAAGAAGGAUGUCGAGAAAGAUCUUCCUGACAAGGUGGAGAAGGUUGUUAAGUGUAGAAUGAGUCCACUUCAGAUCACCCUGUAUGAACAGAUGAAGAAGUAUGGUCAAAUGGCAUCCAUUGCAACAACAGACAAGAAUGGCGCCGUUGGUGGAUCCAACAAGGCUGGAAUUAAAGGUCUCCAGAACACGAUCAUGCAACUCCGUAAGAUUGUUAACCAUCCAUUCGUUUUUGAUGCCAUCGAGAGUGCAGUGAACCCAGCUUCAAUCUCGGAUGACAAGUUGUAUAGAGUAGCAGGUAAAUUUGAGCUACUUGAUAGAAUAUUGCCAAAGUUGAAGGCAACUGGUCACAGAGUUUUAAUUUUCUUCCAAAUGACAGCUAUUAUGACAAUCAUGGAAGACUAUCUUGCGUGGAGAGGGUUGAAACACUUGCGUUUAGAUGGAUCAACAAAGACAGAAGAGAGAUCGAGUUUGUUGAACAAAUUUAACGAUCUUGACUCUGAUUACUUUGUCUUCUUGCUUUCUACAAGAGCUGGUGGUUUAGGUCUUAACCUUCAAUCAGCAGACACAGUCAUUAUCUUCGACUCAGACUGGAAUCCACACGCUGAUCUUCAGGCUCAAGACCGUGCUCACAGAAUUGGACAGAAGAAGGAAGUUAGGAUAUUGAGAUUGAUCACUGAACGUUCUGUCGAAGAGCAGAUUCUUGCACGUGCACAGUAUAAGUUGGAAAUAGACGGCAAGGUUAUCCAAGCAGGUAAAUUCGACAACAAAUCGACAGCUGAAGAGCGUGAGGAUUUCCUGAGAUCUAUCCUCGAACAAGAAGCAGAAGAGGAAGAAGAAGCUGGUGAUAUGAAUGAUGAUGAAAUCAACGAGCUGCUCGCUAGAGGAGAAGGUGAAAUAGAUGUCUUCAAUAGAAUGGACAGGGAGAGAGCAGAGAAUGACAAGCUGUUCAAUCAAAUGAAGGGCUUGCCUAUUGAUAAUGUUGGAAGAUUAAUUACAGAUGGAGAAUUACCGGAAAUCUACAGAACGACAUUCAAAUGGAAUCCUAUUAUUGAGGCUGAUCAGGAGGCUUUAGAGGGGGGCAGAAGAGCGCGUGCUGCGCGUGCUUGUGUUGUGUACGACGAUGGUCUUACUGAAGAACAAUGGGUGAAUGCGCUUGAAAAUGAUGGUACCACUAUCGAAGAAGCAUCUAGACAGAAGCGCGAUAUGGCUCAACAGCAGCCUCAAAUACCUCCACCUGACGAGUCACCUGAGUUGGACGCUGGUAGCAAACGCAGCAGACCUUCGACUAAGACUUCCACACCAGCCCCAAGUCUUCCAAUGGGCAAACGCAAACGCAAUACCACUGUUGGUACUCCAAAUGUCGAUAUUGAAGAGACUGAACCUACGAACAAAAAGAAGAAGGCAGGUGUUGAUGGGGAGACCAAGGAACGUCUGAAGAAGGUCCUUUUGCCUUUCUUCGACGUGGUUUGGACGUUGACGGACGAAGAUGGUAGACCAAGGAGUGAUCUUUUCCGUGAAGUACCAUCGAAGAAGCUGUACCCUGACUAUGCACUCCUGAUCAAGAACCCAGUGGCACUAAACACGAUUAAGCGCAAGAUCGACAGGAAGUCAUACCAGAAUGCAAGGGAGUGUUUGAGUGACUUCCACUUGAUGUGUGCUAAUGCUAACACAUACAACGAACCGGGAUCAUGGGUUGCAGAAGAUGCAGAUGCAUUGCAAGCAGGAAUGGAUCAGGCGUGGAAUGAGAAGGUGUACAAUACAGGCGUGCCUGGAUCGGAGAUGCCAGCUGAAGCAUUAGAGCCUGUGCAGGCAGCACAGGUAUUGGGUGCUGCGGCGCAGUAUGCAGUGCCAAUUCAACAGCAACAAGCAGCGCAGCCACCUCUACAAGCACAAGCUCAGAUGCAGGCACAACCACAACCUCAACCACAGCCACAACAUAUGAUGGGAGUACCUCUUGGUCAGAAUUCGGGACAAAUGCCUAACACUGAUAUGCCGCAUGCAACGUAUCGGGCACCAGCUGGAUAUGGAGGCGUUGAUGCAGGCGCAUUUAUCGCAGAUCCUAUGUAUUAUCAACAACAAGCUUUUAAUCAGCAGCAGCAGCAACAACAGCAACAACAGCAACAACAGCAAGCGGUAUAUGAGCAAGAAGAACAAGAGCAAAUGUAUCAGACAUAUACAGCUGAUCCGUAUGCACCACAAACCGAAUAA